AUGUACUAUUUACAAAGCCUUCUAAAAGACGAUAUUCGACAUAUGAACAUGUCAGCAUCUGCAAUCAACAUGCCUACACCGGCCACCAGUGCAAAUAUGGGCGUAGAUCUUAAGCCCGCUGGAGAAACUUCUCAAAAACCAAAGCCGUGCUGUGUCUGUAAAGACGAGAAAGCUGCUCGAGACGAAUGUAUGCUAUUUAGCACGGCCAAGGAUCCACAAGUAGCCUGUGCAGGUAUGGUUGAAAAAUAUAAGACCUGUAUGGCUGGCUUUGGGUUCAAUUUACCAUGA